UCACCUUGCAAACAGAUUGGAAGGAACACAUGUUGGAAGGAAUUGGAGAAGGAAGGGAAACCAGCUGAUGAUAUGGUGUAAGAUACUUCUUCAAGACUGGACAGGUGGAGACCCUUAUUUCCGAUAGCCUUAAGCUGACGCAAAGCCAUAGGAAAAGCUCACGGAGUUCCAUUGUUUCCGCUUUACUUUUUUCCUGGCACCUAAGUUCACCUUGCAACCAUGUAUGGAAGUGCCCGUUCUGUUGGGAAGGUGGAGCCAAGCAACCAGAGCCCUGGGCGCUCCCCUCGACUUCCCCGGUCCCCCCGCUUAGGUCACCGCCGGACCAGCAGCACUGGAGGGAGUUCCGGAAGCAGUGUUGGCGGCAGCAGUGGGAAAACCCUUUCGAUGGAGAAUAUCCAGUCCCUGAAUGCUGCCUAUGCCACAUCUGGUCCCAUGUACCUCAGUGAUCAUGAAAACGUGGGUUCCGAGACACCUAAAAGCACCAUGACCCUCGGCCGCUCUGGGGGACGCCUGCCUUACGGCGUUCGGAUGACCGCCAUGGGCAGCAGCCCCAACAUCGCCAGCAGCGGGGUGGCUGGUGGCGACUCCAUAGCGUUUGGAGAGCAUCACCUCCCUCCCGUCAGUAUGGCGUCCACGGUCCCUCACUCCCUUCGCCAGGCACGUGAUAACACCAUCAUGGACCUGCAGACGCAGCUGAAGGAGGUGCUGAGGGAGAAUGACCUGCUGCGGAAAGAUGUGGAGGUGAAGGAGAGCAAGCUGAGCUCCUCCAUGAACAGCAUCAAGACCUUCUGGAGCCCCGAGCUCAAGAAAGAGCGGGCCCUGAGGAAGGACGAAGCCUCCAAAAUCACCGUUUGGAAGGAGCAGUAUAGAGUCGUGCAGGAGGAGAACCAGCACAUGCAGAUGACGAUCCAGGCUCUGCAGGAUGAGCUGAGGAUCCAGAGGGACCUGAACCAGCUGUUCCAGCAGGACAGCAGCAGCAGGGCCGGUGAGCCGAGCGUGGCGGAGCUGACGGAGGAGAACUUCCAGCGGCUGCAGGCUGAGCACGAGCGGCAGGCCAAGGAGCUGUUCCUUCUGCGGAAGACCCUGGAGGAGAUGGAGCUGCGGAUUGAGACCCAGAAGCAAACCCUCAGUGCUCGGGACGAGUCCAUUAAGAAGCUUUUGGAGAUGUUGCAGAGCAAAGGACUCUCGGCCAAGGCCACCGAGGAGGACCACGAGAGGACGCGGCGGCUGGCCGAGGCCGAGAUGCACGUCCACCACCUGGAGAGCAUCCUGGAGCAGAAGGAGAAGGAGAACAACAUGCUGAGGGAGGAGAUGCACCGGAGGUUUGAGAAUGCCCCCGAUUCUGCUAAAACAAAAGCUCUGCAAACCGUUAUUGAAAUGAAGGAUUCAAAAAUUUCCUCUAUGGAGCGUGGGCUCCGAGACUUGGAAGAGGAAAUCCAGAUGCUGAAGUCGAAUGGGGCUUUGAGCACGGAGGAGCGGGAGGAGGAGGUGAAGCAGAUGGAGGUGUACCGGAGCCACUCGAAGUUCAUGAAGAAUAAGGUAGAGCAACUGAAGGAGGAACUAAGUUCGAAAGAGGCUCAAGGGGAGGAGCUGAAAAAGAGAGCGGCUGGUCUUCAGGCCGAGGUCUUUGCCAUUGGCCAGGUGAAACAGGAGUUGUCCAGAAAGGACACAGAACUUCUUGCCCUGCAGACAAAACUGGAAACACUCACGAACCAGUUCUCAGACAGUAAACAGCAUAUUGAGGUGCUGAAGGAGUCUUUGACUGCCAAGGAGCAGAGGGCUGCCAUUCUGCAGACCGAGGUAGACGCUCUCCGAUUGCGUUUGGAAGAGAAGGAAACCAUGCUGAAUAAAAAAACGAAGCAAAUUCAGGAUAUGGCCGAGGAGAAGGGGACACAGGCUGGGGAGAUUCACGACCUCAAGGACAUGCUGGACGUGAAGGAGAGGAAGGUCAAUGUCCUGCAGAAGAAGAUUGAAAAUCUUCAGGAGCAGCUUAGAGACAAGGAGAAGCAGAUGAGUAGCUUGAAGGAGCGCGUGAAGUCCUUGCAGGCCGACACCACCAACACAGACACCGCCCUGACCACGCUGGAGGAGGCCCUCGCGGAGAAGGAGCGGACAAUCGAGCGCUUAAAGGAGCAGCGGGACCGAGAUGAGCGAGAGAAGCAAGAGGAAAUUGAUAACUACAAAAAAGACCUUAAAGAGUUGAAAGAGAAAGUCAGCGUACUGCAAGGCGACCUCUCCGAGAAAGAGGCUUCGCUCUUGGAUCUGAAAGAGCACGCAUCCUCCCUGGCUUCCUCGGGGCUGAAAAAGGACUCGCGGCUGAAGACGCUGGAGAUCGCCCUGCAGCAGAAGAAGGAGGAGUGCCUGAAGGUGGAGGCCCAGCUGCGGAAGGCACAUGAAGCAACACUGGAAGCCAGAGCCAGUCCUGAGAUGAACGACAGAAUUCAGCAGCUGGAAGGAGAGAUCACCAGGUACAAAGAUGAAUCUAGCAAGGCCCAGGCAGAAGUAGACCGCCUCUUGGAAAUCUUGAAGGAGGUGGAGAACGAAAAGAACGACAAAGAUAAGAAGAUAGCUGAGUUGGAAAGGCAGGUGAAGGACCAGAACAAGAAGGUGGCGAACCUAAAGCACAAGGAGCAGGUGGAGAAGAAGAAGAGUGCACAGAUGCUGGAGGAGGCCCGGCGCAGGGAGGACAGCCUCAGCGACAGCUCCCAGCAGCUGCAGGACAGUCUUCGUAAGAAGGAUGACAGGAUUGAAGAGCUGGAAGAAGCACUGAGAGAAAGUGUGCAGAUCACUGCAGAGCGGGAAAUGGUGCUGGCGCAGGAAGAGUCAGCCAGGACCAAUGCUGAGAAACAGGUGGAGGAGCUGUUGAUGGCCAUGGAGAAGGUCAAGCAGGAACUGGAGUCCAUGAAGGCAAAGCUGUCCUCCACCCAGCAGUCCCUGGCAGAGAAGGAGACGCAUUUGACCAACCUUCGAGCCGAGAGGAGGAAACACUUGGAGGAAGUUCUGGAGAUGAAGCAAGAAGCUCUUCUGGCUGCCAUUAGUGAAAAAGAUGCCAAUAUUGCUCUUUUGGAGCUCUCGUCCUCUAAGAAGAAGACCCAGGAGGAAGUGUCGGCCCUGAAGCGGGAGAAGGACCGUCUGGUGCAGCAGCUCAAGCAGCAGACACAAAAUCGAAUGAAGCUAAUGGCCGACAACUACGAGGAUGGCCACUUCAAAUCCUCCCAUUCCAACCAAACCAACCACAAGCCCUCCCCAGACCAGAUCAUCCAGCCCCUGUUAGAACUUGACCAAAAUAGAAGCAAGCUAGAGUUGUACAUCGGACACCUGACAGCCCUCUGCCAUGACCGAGACCCCCUGAUCCUCCGCGGGCUCACUCCACCAGCCUCCUACCACGCGGACGGCGACCGGGCAGCUUGGGAGACUGAGCUGCAGAAGAUGACCCAGGAACAGCUCCAGAGCGCCUUGGAGAAGGGUGAGCGCGACAACGCGGAGCUGCAGGAGUUCGCCAACGCCAUCCUCCAGCAGAUCGCCGACCACUGCCCCGACAUCCUGGAGCAGGUGGUCAAUGCCCUGGAGGAGUCCUGCUGACCCCUCCGCCCGCCCGGC